AUGCGUAUCACCGCGGCGACAGCGACCGCCCCUGUCGGUGCCCCAGGCGCCAAAGUGCGCAAGGGAAAAGCAAAGACCAUCCGCGCCGUCGCCGCGGCAGGCGCAGUAUGGCGCCCCCAAUCGCAGCUCAUCUUCACCUCCAACGCCACCUCUGUGACGGCACCGUCGAACGGCGAACUUGGUGACUCGAAAACCGCAGGGGCCAUCAGCACCAAUGGCAGCAUCAACGGCUACACCGGCACCUCAUCAGCGCUGGCGCUAAAGGCUGCAGGUACUGGAGGCAGUGGCAGCUGUGGGGUUGCCUCGGUGCUCCCCAUACCCACCGCGCCAUCCUCUGGUAGCGCGCAAGUGCCCCCGCUGCCGUCGUCAGGGUGCGCUGCGGUGGAAAACCAGAUUUUGCGGAACGACGCUCUCGAAGCGGUGAGGCGAUCAGGCGCCGAGGGUUUUCCACCCUCGCGGGAGAAGGGCGUUGUCAGUUGCACGUUGCCAGCAGCCGAAAAGCAACGCCGUGUCUCGGACAUUGCCAGGGCAAAUGAGCUCAGCACAGACAACCCCAAUACGUUCACCCCUGCUGAGGUGCCGCCUUGGGUGGCUGGCGGCGCCCCUGUCGAUGCUUCCAAGGCUGCAGACACCGGUGGGGGCGCCAGCGCUGCUUCUUUCGAAGGAGUGAUGGACAACUCGCCCUUCGUGUCGAGCUCCUCCUUGGCCCCUUCCGACACAGGAUGUACGCAGCGGACAAAGGCCUCGCACGCAGACCAGCGGCCCUCAGCGACGCAACGGUGCGACAACGGCGCUUUCGCGGAGCGGCCGCAGCUGCUCCUGUCGCUCGCGCAGGACAACCGGGGCUUCCUCAAUCCUGGCUACUCGUGCGACUCCUCAGACUGGAGCAGUGAGGACAGCGACGCUAGCAGUGGGCGUGCAGGUGCUGACGGCAGCGCCGGCUCGGCAAGGCGCCAGCGCACCCCAUCUGCGGCACCUUCCAGUCGAGCCGCACCAUCGGAGCAGCGCGGAAAAGCGUGCGGCGGCGCGCCUCCGCCGGUGCUCACUACGCGUUUGAGUAGCGGCAGGAACCGGACCGCCCUCGCUGUCUUCCCGCUGACCGCCGCAGAGGAGCAGUCAGCCCGGCAAGCGUACGACACCUACCGAGCACAGCAAGAGAAAGCGGGCUAUCACAGGAGCGACACCAGCGCCACUAAGCUCCGCUCUCAGCGCUCUGCUUCCGUGUCCCCAUCCGCCCUGAGCACUUCCACGUCUGUAGGGAAGCGUGAGCUGCUGCGGCUACUUCACGGGCUUUAUCACCGUGCACAGGCCAUGAUGGCCUCUACCACAAAGACCGCCGCGCCGACGUCCGCCCCGCCGCAGAGGAAGGCGAUGUCGCCAACCAUGAGCGUUGGCACGGCAGACCUGCUGCACAAGUUUCCGUCAACCAAGUACCUGCUCAACGCGGCUGAGGCAUGCUUUGGCAGCCGUCGUUUCCGAACUCUCAUGGCCGCUGUGGUGGCAGACAGUGACGCCCUCGUCCCCAUCGUCGUUCGAAACAACGACGGAGGAGCGUCAGCCGUGCCCACCGCUUCACGGUCACGGUUGUCGUCUUCGUCUCAAGGAUUGACAGUGGAGGAGGCGCUCUCCUUCUUUAGGCACCUCAAACAUGAAAUGACCUCGGAUGUGGCUAGGCACCGGGAGAGGAGGCAGGCAGAGGCGUCCGCGAAGCCAGAAGCGGCGUCGGGGGACAAAAGACGGAAUCGCCCAGCGAAGGCUGCUCCAUUACAGCCCCUACUUGACCUGCAGGGCUCGCAGAAGACGCGUAGUACUUCUGCCCCCAGUUGUCAAGCUGCCUCCCAGGUGUGCCGUCUCCCUUCUGCGCAGGCCGGUCGACGCAGCGGCCGACCUCCGCCGACUCCUAUUGCGCUGAUGGCGGCGAGGCAUGUCACGUCGGCAUCUUUCCCGCCGUCGUCUACCCCACCUUCGCCUUCUCCGCAGUUGUCUUCCUCACCGUCGAGGCCAGGGAUUCCCGGGGCGAUGACGUUGGUGGGCCCUCGGAAGCCAACUGGACGGCGUAAGGGCCCGCGCAGAAAAACAGCGCUGCCGCCGCCGUCGCCCCAUCCGUUCGGUAGCAACUCGUGCACGCCCGACGCAACUUACAUGGAUGACUUCAUCCACACAUAUGUGCAGCGCAAGGCGUUUGCUGAGAUCGCCGAAGGACAGGGCUUCCACGACAGCACCACCGUGACAUUGGGGAAGCUGAUAAAAGUGCUACACUGGUUCGAGCUGGCGCUCGACCCCAGCGUCAUCGAGCACCUGUGCGGCGUGCAGGUGCAGCCCGCGCGAGAAUCGCCGGACAUCUCCAUUGACUUCAGUACCUUUGUGAAAAUCAUCAACUCGGGCUUGUGGUGCCAGCGCUACAGUGGGGGCAGCGGCUCUUCAGCACCCGGCUCCACGUCGGCGGACAACAACGAUGAUCCGGAGUCCAACGCGUGUGUGCCGGUGUUGCCACCAGAGGCGCCUGCACGGGCCUCUCCUGUGGCGCUGCCUAUUCCUGGCUUGACGGCGGCCGACAGUGCAUCGCUCAGCACGGGUGGCGGGGGUGCACCUUGCGCUAAGGCUGCCUCCUCCACCAUCUCAGUGCGUGACAUUGGGGGCUCGAAUCCGUCGCCACUGGUCCUUGCCCCAGUUUCUGCUGCGGCGCAUCGUCGAUUGAGCAGCCUCAGCAGCAUGUCGACUUCAACCGCUUCUUCACCGGCAAGUGGCGGCAGCAUGCACAGAUCAUUUGUGGACACAGAUGAUGCGUACCCAUUGGUAGCUCAUGACUCCGCCAUCGCAGCGCUCUGCCGCAGUAUUCGCCAGCGGCUGCGCCGAGAGCUGCGGCGGAGCGUGAGCAGUGGGUCUAACGCGCUGCUGCGACCCCGAGACAACCAAGGCAGCGGCAACGGGGCUGGCGAUGGCGCGGCGCAAAAGGAAGGAAGCGACCCACAGUAUUCUCCAUCUAGCCGGACGGCGCCGGCUUCCUCGUGCUCGUGGAGGUCGUUGUCUUUGGCCUCCUCCGCAGCGUCGUCAAUGUCCAGGGGGAACGUGAGUGUCGCCGGUCUGGUUGGUGAGAGCGAAUCCGCUUCUGCGCGUGACGAUGGCGAGGUAUUCUCGGCAUCGCCACACUUUUCAAAGUGGCGCAGUGACACGAAGUGCAGCACUCCGCUGUCUCACCAGAGGCUGCGCGAGCAGCAGUCGCCGUCGCCGCAUGUAGGUCAUAGGCUGCCUCCUCACUCGCAUCCGUACACGCUGACCCCUACCCCAAGAGCCCCGCGUGCACAGCCCGCCAGAAGAGGUGAGGGCGCCGUUGCCUCCCAGUGGUUCCCGACAGCGCAGCGUUGGCAGGGGCACGGGCACCGACUCGCUGCUCCGCCGCCCGCCAGGCCGGCUACUGCGCAAAGACCAUCUCUCUCCACUGCCGUGGCGAGGCGGUGUCGCCGGCAUCAAGAAUCAAUGCACUUUAUCACGUCCCUGUCGCCUUACAGCAAUUCAGGCCAUGGCGCCCGACGGUCCGCAAGCCAUUGCUGGUCGCGCAUCGCGACUCUAUCAGCGCUGAGUCGGUCGCGAAGGUCGUCGUCGCUGCACUCCUGUGACACCCAGUCAGUGGUGAAUUCGUUCCAAUUUUCAGAGUCCGGCUUGUCUGCCGCUUUCUUGUCCCGGACUUUGCCUGCACAGACGGUGUCGAGGCACCCCAAACGGAACCGUCCAUCUAGCGCCUAUACGCGACUCACGACGGCACCAACGCAUGACGCCUGCACAGCGCACGUGUCACACCCCCCUCUCUCACCAGCCAUCAGAUCGUCGCCGCUGCCGUAUCGGCGGCGGCUCUUCCAGGCCUGCUAG